AUGUCUGCAGCAGACUCCCCCAAGCAGUCACUGGAAUCUGAAGAGCGGCCGGGGUCAAGUGAUCAUACGACUUCAGCUGCGGGGGCCGGUCACACCCGCAACCUCUCCAGUGACGUUAGCCCCAGAGACCGAAGCCCGCGGCGGAGAUCGAUUCAAUUCAACGUGGGCGCUGCCCAGGCCCAGCUACCCACUCGAUCGCCGAGUACCAAGGAGAAACGGCUAUCAUAUGGAGAUACCCCAACGAGGACUGCAGAGGAUAGGGAGAGGGAACAUAGGGCUGCACAACUGAACCGAGGGCCAUCUCCUCCCCCUCCCAAAACAUAUGAAAGAGGUGUCUCUUUUGACACAUUCGACAACUUCGACGCCACCGAUUUCUCUCUUACUCUAAACUAUAAGCACAAAGGAUACCAGAGCACACGCCGAAGCCGAACAUUCUUGUGUGGCACCGACCAGAACGAUUACUCAGAAUUCGCCCUAGAAUGGCUCAUUGACGAGCUCGUGGAUGAUGGCGACGAGAUUGUCUGCCUCCGAGCGGUGGAGAAAGAUUCGCGCAUCGCCACCGACAUUGCAAUAGAGGAGCGGAAAUACCGCGAAGAAGCCGAGAAAUUAUUCGAGCAAGUCAUACAGAAGAAUAGCCAAGACGAAAAAGCCAUCAGCUUAGUCUUGGAACUUGCAGUGGGCAAGGUUGAGAACAUCAUUCAGCGCAUGAUUCGCAUAUACCAGCCCGCAAUGCUCGUGGUAGGCACACGAGGCCGCAACAUGAAAGGAGUGCACAGUCUACUCCCAGGAUCCGUAUCCAAAUACUGUCUCCAGCAAUCCCCAAUCCCAGUCAUUGUCGUCCGCCCAUCUCCAAAGCGCGAGAAAAAGAAGAACAAGCGCCGCGCAGAUCCCACCCGGCGCAGCUACAACCAUAUUCUGGAAUUGAGUGAACAGCGCGGAAGUCGCGUCUUUGGCACCAGUUCCAGCAACGACAGCAGUACUUCCAAGCUGCCAGACGAAGAAGCCGCAGUAGCCGAAGCAUUGGGUCUUCCGGCAUCAUACUCCAACGCGAACUCGCGCAGCUCGCUAUCAGUCUCGGACAGAAGUAGUUUCAGUCACGAUGACUCUGACUCGACAACUCCUGCCAGAAACUCUCUCGAUGCAAUCAUAAUGAAGAGUCCCACGGGCAGCCCGGCCGAUAGCUCCCAAGAAAGCGUGCUCGAGAGCCAAACAGCAGGCGCUGAGAAUGACUCUUCUGACUCGUCAUCUACCGAAGGGGGGCGGACAGAGGCGGAGCCAAAAACAAUCUCUAUUCCUUCGAUCGAAGUAUCCGGCGACAAUGAUCAUGGCGGGCCUUGA